AUGAGUAAAAUGUUAGGACAUUAUGAUGAUUGCCCCGAAUUAGAAGCACACAUUGUAGACCAUGAGAUAUCGUUUCCAACCAAUUCGUGUAGAGACCACUGCUUACAUCCUUUUGAGGGAAUGGUAACGUGUGGAUCCGCAGAUAUGCAUUUCUGGUCUCCAGCUUGACAGCUCUUCGAUCUUUCGCUUCACUCUGCAGAAAACCAAGUAAAACGAUGUUCGGCGACAUACGACCCAAUCCGCAGGUCUGAAAUACAUGUAUCAGUCGAAAGAUUUUAAAAAAGUAGAAAAAAAGGUCGGUAUUCAAAAGAUCGAUGCCCACAAACGACUAAGAAGUGGUAUUCACCUGAUAGAGCAUCAUACAACCGGUUUCCAGCGAGGGAGCCACGACCACCUUACAGAUACCUUUGAUAUGUUGCCUUCGUAAUGCUGCCUGUGACAUUUCUUCAAUUUUGCGAGCUGUUGCCAAUUGUUUACUCAUUUCUUCGGUACUCGGUUCAUGUAUGA